CAACUUUUGUCGGACUGGACAGGAGAUCAGCAAUGCGUAUGCCCAGAAACAUGACCUACCACGUUAUAAAUAUGUACUCCACCCUCACACUACUGGGUUUUCUUUUACUGUGGACUACCUAAGACAGACCAAGAUGAUCGAUACCGUGUACGACGUGACAGUGGCUUACUGCGACACCGUCCCUGAGAAAGGUGAGAUCGAUAUCUUCAGAGGCAACGUCCCCAAGGAGAUGCAGUUCUUGAUCCACAAGUACCCCGUCAGCGCUCUCCCGCAGAACAAGGAAGACCUUGACAACUGGUGCGUCGAGAAGUGGAAGGAGAAGGAGCAUCGUCUGGAGAAGUUCUACACCGGCAACAAGACCUUCGAGGGGCAGGAGGAUGGAAAACUGGAGAACCUGUCGAGCCAGUCUGUCUGGAAAGUCUACUUCAUUAUUGCAUGCUGGGUGUACGGUCUGUUGUUCUCUGCUUACCUUAUGCUCACAUCCUCCUUCGUGCUCUGGGGAUCCGUCGUCAUCAUGACAGCGUACGUGGUCAUUGGAAAGUACUUUGGUGGAGUCGACAACAUCUCGAUUGCAAGUUUCAACUUCACGCAAGAUCUGACGCAUAAAGCGAGGACCACUUGAUAAGUUGUCUCAUGUAUCGUGUUUAUCCAUGACUCUUUAUUAACACAGAACAGAGAGUAUUUUUCACAAACGGUUCUUGUCAAUGGCGCAGUCACACUUCCCCUAUGGAGGGCGAAUGGCAAUUCAAAAACAGCCGUUUUAUAAGUAAAUCACGCUCUUUGUACCAGGUGGCUUAUUAGAAUUGAAUAAAAUAGCUGUUUUUUAUCCACCAUGUGGGCACUGUAGGGGAAAUCUGACCACAGUUUUGGAAGGGAUGGGCAUUCUCAGACUAUAUGAUGUACCAUAAUCAAUCAUCGCUUUAGAAACUAUACCUUAAGAAUACUCUGUAGGGUAAAGACACUGGAAGAUGUAAUUGCAAGAAAUAUUUCCUUAUCUAAAGCAUUCUAUAUGGAAUUUAAAAAAAAAAUUAAAUCAUGGUAUGAAUAAGUGGAGGGGGUUAUAUGUACAAAAAUAUUUGUGUCCACAUUGUUGUUUAUUGCAAAAGCAAACACUGGUAUUAUGAUACCUCAGCCUCUUUUUAUGGUGAAAUUGUAUAUAAAUGAAGUUUAUAGGUCAACAAGACUUUGAUUAGAGAUUUAUAAAGCAUUGGCCUGCCUCUUUCAUUAAAUGGUACUCUCUUGUUUUGUACUGAUGUGCUGCUGUAAUUGCAGAAUAUGAAGAAGUUUUAUAGUCGAUUGAUCAUUUCCUUGAUUUUUGUAUAACAACAUUUUCUAAUUUAAGUUUUGUAUUGCAUCCCAUAUUUGCUGCAUUCUUAUAUGAUGGUUUGAAUAGAAAGGAUAUGAUGAUUUUUCCCUUCUCUAUUUAAAUACUAUUAGGAUUGAAAAACUAAUCCUGGAAAUAUUCUCUGACGGAUAAUAUUGAAUGAAAAAUUGUCAUUUGGGACUAUUUCUGAUGAUUAUUGGAAAAAUCUAUUGAAGAAUAUUUAUUCAUGUCAAUCGAAUCUUUGCUCUAUGAUAUUAUCUGAUAAUGGAUAACAAUGAAUAGACUAUUAAACUGGGUCAUGUUUAUUAUGGAAAUCUGUUUCUAAACCCUCUCCCCCCCCCCCCCCCCCCC